AUGGGCUCAUGGACCUCAGGGCCUUCGAUUCCUGAAGAGCCGCAGGAUCCACCGCCAGAUCCUCCCCCUCCAGGGCCGCCGCCACCACCGAAGGCUUCUAAGCCUGGAUGGUUCAGCUCACUCUUUAGCUCCAAGCCGAAAGCUCCAAGUCCACCACCAGGUCCUCCAGCACCGGAAGCUCCCAAUCCACCAGAUGCGAACCUUGCAAAGGCAGGGCCACAAGUACCGCCGCCUGCCGCGACAUUGCCAGCUCCAGCUUUACCACCACCAACCACUAACUUGCCACCACCAUCUGCCACAUUGCCAGCUCCCAACUUACUCCCACCACCUUCCCUACCAGCUCCAACAGCCUUGCCACCACCCACCUCCACCUUCCCCAAUGCCCCAGCCCCCGCGGCAUCUGCACCGGCGCCAGCAACGGCACCAACGGCUGCCGUGGCACCUGCCCCUCCGGCGCCCCCCGCAGGGCCUCCGCUCAGCAGUUUGCCUCCGCCGGCGCGGCGACCGCCGCCGAACGCGCGGCGCCCGGCGCAGAUGAAGCCACAGGACUUGGAGGAGGCGCUCCACAGCUGGCUGAGCUUCUGGGAGGAUUGUCGUUCCUUAGGACCCACUCCAGCAGCCUCCGGAGCGCAUGGACACGAGGCCGCGCGGCUCUUCGUGCUUCGGAUCAGCAGCGUGGGCGAAACGGAGGUGCCCUUCUCAGCGAAUGGCACUCUCCAGAAGCCAGCCUUGGCACGCCUGGCAAAGGCGGCGGAGGAAGAAGCACCGGAGGCAGUCUCUAUCCAUGUGAGGCUCUCUUUCGUACACACUCCCUUGGGAGGAAAGCCUGAGAUCUAUGGCCACAGCUUUCUGGGACCCCGGCUGCAGAUGCAACGCGUCCAAAGCCGCAUCAGUGGCAGUGAAGGGCACCUGGUGGCCAUGGCCUCAGCAGACCCCCCAGCGCUCUUCUUCUUCCGCUCCGCCAUCGCCAGCAAAGAGCUCCGGCUUUUGGCCGAAGUCCUGGCCUUUGAGGAGCGUUGGACCGAAGUCCUUGGACGACCGGAUCUGGAAGCUCGCUUUGCCCAAGGCCAAGGCUGUGCCGAAGCCGAAGCCCAAACCGAAACCCAAGGCGCAGCCGGGGUCCGCUGGCGCGGCCGAGCCGCUGGAGGUUCAAAGGGUUUUGCAGCCCAAAGGACCACCACCGGGCGGCCGCGCAGCAUCCUCUUGGGCCCUGACGGGCGGACGCUACCCGCGGCCCCUCUUCGACAGUGCCGCGACGAGUGCGGGGCCGACGCCCAGCGCGGAGUGCGUACUGGGCUGGGCCAAGUUCAGCUUCGAUCUGGCCACGGAGAGCCGGAGCGCCUUGCGGCCGCGCGAUGGCGGGCCCAAGUCAGACUAUGCAGAACCUUGCAAGAGCACUCCUGCAGCGGAAGCCGAGCUGAAUCGCUUGCUCCAUCCGCCGAAGGCGGCUCCGAAAGCCGCGCCGCAGCCCUUCAUGGAGGCCGAUCUGCAGGUGAUCCCCAUCGACGAUGCGGCGAAGCGGCUUUUGCCCUUCGACUUUCCUGCUGUGACAGAAGCGCUGCGGAUGGGGGGUUUAGAGGUUCUCGAGGCGUGUUGCGUGUGGCGUCUCGUUUGCCACGUGGCGGCGACGCUCAGAGCGCCCGGAUGUCGAAGUGUCGACGUGUUGGAUUCGCGAAUGCGCUUGGAUGCCUCAGGGCUUCAGAUCGACGCCGAUCUGAACCCCAACGUGGUGGAUCCCGACACCUUCGUCCGAGGUUUGCUGGUGACCCUGCCCGAGCCGCAAUGGAUGGAGAACUUCCUCAGGUCCGUCCCCUCGGGCGUGACCGCGGCGCCGGGCGUGCCGGGGAACCCGGACCCCGCACCGGGUCGAGCGAGCGGCGACGUUCCACCACCGAAGCCGAGCGGCUCGGACCGGGACCCGCCGUUCGGCCGUGCGGUGCCGACGUGGUUCGUCCAGGUGAGGCAUCUGAGAUGGACGACGGAUUUGGUGCCAAAGUGGACAAGAGAGGAACCGAUGCCUCGACCACCGAGACACCUCCAACACCUGUGCGCAUUGCUGUUGGCCGCAUGGGGACCUCCCGCAGCACAGGAUCUGAGUCACUUUCGAGCCCAAAGCAUGACUUCGGCAUCCCAGGAUUUGACGGUCCGCCGCGCAGCUUUGACCGUGUGCUCACGCCCAUGAGUGUAGGAUCGUCUUCCGCGCUCUCGCUCUCCCUCAGUCCCAGACGUGCAGAAACUGGAGGAUCCGCAAUAUCCCAUGAUGGAUCCACCUGCCGGAGUGUGGGUCGCAUCCCCACUAUCUGCAGUACAGGCACUGAGUUGUCAGUGCCUUUAGAAGCAGAACUGCUGCAUGGCGUCCGAUUGGACCUUCUUCUGAGCCGCUUUGGGGCACACUUGAAGCCACCAGAUGAGGGCAUGUUCAAUGUCGAGAAAGACUGCUACAGCCUCAGCCGGCCAGUGAAGCGCUUGGAGACCUUCAUCAGCCACGACUGGAAGACCUCAAGAUGGUUAAAACUUUUGGCGCUCCUGAUGAUCUUCAAUAGUGCAGCCGCUUCAUGUGCGACGGCCAUUGUGAGCAUCCUCCUUGGAAUUCUGUUCUCGUUCUCCGGACUACACGACACGCCGUUCCCGCGCAUCGAAGUGUUGCUUCGAUCCAGCCUGGGAGUCAUCAGCUUUUGGGUGGUGAUUUGCAUUUGGCAGCGGAUCAGGGCCGGGCUCUUUCGUCCGAAGAUGGUCUUCUUGGAUAAACUCUGCAUCGCGCAGCAUGAUGAGGAGAUGAAGAGGAAAGGCAUUUUUGGAUUGGCGAGCUUUCUGGAUCAUUCGGACUCUCUUACGAUUCUUUGGUCACGACGAGUCUUCACCCGGCUUUGGUGCGCCUUCGAGAUUGCCACCUUCUUGAGACAUGAUCGGGAGAAGCCCAUCGAAAUGAUGCCGGUGAGGCUCUCUAUGCUCUACUUCCUCUUAGUCAUCGUGACUCAGGGCAUCCAAUUAUCGAACGUGAUUCUGGUCCGCGGAGAGAUGUCUGCGCCCGUCUUGGUGGUGGUGGAAAUCCUCUUCGUUCUGCUCUACUGGAUCAUGAUCUAUGCAGGCGUUGGACUCGCAGAAGAUUUGGGACAGCUGAUUGAGCAGUUGGAGUCCUUCAACAUUGAAAAGGCCGAAUGUUCCUGUUGCUCGUUAAAGCACUUGGAUCCGAGCACUGGCCGGGUCAUACCAUGUGAUCGUGAAUUGGUUCUGCAGCAACUCCGGGAAUGGUUUGGCAGCACCUUGGCCUUUGAUUCCCUCGUGAAAGAUCGACUUCGACAUCGAGUGCAAGACACGAAGCGAUCCUUACUCACUUCCAAAUAUCCGUUUCAUGUGGCGGUCGCCUCGACCUGUCCGAUGCUCAUCGAGCGACUGCCCGCCAUGGCCUCCCAUGACUCCUUGGACGCCGCCCUCCGAGCCCUCGCGCCGUGGGCCAAGCUGGCCGUUUUAGCCCUGGCAUCGGCCUGGAGCGUCAUGGCCGCCUGCUACCUGGGCAUGGGCCGGCUGCGGUGUUUGGGGCGCCCUUUGGCCGCAGCAGUCUUGGUGGUGCCAGCCGUGGGGGCCCUGGCCAUCCUUUGGAUUUCGAUGUCCUUCCUGGAUUCUCAGACAGGUGAGAAGUGUAGCCUAGUCUUGGCCUCCGUCAUGUUGCUCUUUGGCUUCAGCAGCCUCACUCUUCGUGCCCUCCUUCCGCUCCGCGGCCGCGAGGCGCGGCCGCGGACCUCCGCCUCCCGCGCGCGGACCGCGGCCGCGGCCGCGCCACGCGGACCUCGGCCGCCACUGGUGGAGUCGCCCUGCCAGUCGGAGGACGGUCGGUUGGAGGUGGAUUCGGAGGGUCACUCAGAGCUUGAGGUCUAA